GACCACAUUUUUUCGUUUAACUCUAAAACUGCCACUGAUAGGCCUGACCCGAGUCACCCAAACAUAUCAACAUCAACCAGUCAUCGGCGAACAGACAGAGCCGCCACCGAACCCCGACCCUCCGACUCCGAAGGCAUUAUCAACCUCUUUUUCCGGUUCCGUCCGGUCAUCUUUCUUAUCUUUUUCCCUCUCUCGAUUUUUUCUUUCAACCAGAAAAAAAAGGGGUUAGCAAAAACCCUAGUCAGCAUCUCCAAAGACCCGAAAACGCUUUCAAUUUUGGUUCAAUUUUUGCGGUACCAGGGAGUCUGUUUACUUGUUUCCAGUAAAUUUGCACAACAAAUUUGCUUCUAGUCGCAUAAAAAUUCUUCUACAUGGGAAAAAAGGUGCAUACAGAAAAAGGGCAUAAAAGCGAGAUGAACAAGGAGACAAAAUUUGAAACUAAAGAAGAUGGGGAGGAAUUUCUCAGGAUUAAGAAGAAGGCACAGAUAGUUAGCAUUGACGGGGAAGAUGAUGAAGUUAAGGAGGCUUCAAAGGAGAGUCACAUGGGAGGAGAUGGUGUGAAACAAAGUAAAGAGAAGAAAAAAAAGCAUAAGGACAAGAAGAAAGAUGGGGUUAAUGGUGUGUCUGCUUUGAAUGGAUACUUUGAGGAUAACACAAUGGAUGAGCUAGUUGAGAGGCAGAGAGACACUUCAAAGACAAAUGGAAAGGAAGGAGGUGCCAACAUGAAUAAAAAGAGGAAGAGGGAGAAAGUGGGUGAUAUUGUGGUGAAGAACGAUGUGACUAAUGGGGUAAAGCUCACAAAAGAAAGAAAUCACUCUCCUGGGAAAAUCAGGGAAGAGCUCAUGUUGGUGAGGAAGGAGAAUUCAGAUGAAAUACUUGAGGAUAACAAAAUGAGUGAGGUAUCUGAGGGGCAGAAUAGCUAUGAAUGUUGGGACAUUGCUGAAAUGAACAAUGAGGAAGAAAGGGGCAAAAGAAAUAGGAAGAAAAGGAAGAAGGAGAAGUUGGAUGGUGAUCUGGCAGGUGGACUAAAAAGUGAUGGAAUAGAAAUGGAGAAGUCAGAUGAGAGAAUCACAAAAAAGAGUGAGUUUGCACAUAAGGAGAAGAAGAAGACGAAGAAGAAAUACCAGGAAAAUGAUUCAGCAGCUGGAUUGCAGGAUGCUGUGGCUGAGAAACUGGACGAUGAAAAUUUUGGAAUUCAAGAUGGUAGGAAUGUCGAAAAUGAAGUUAAUGUAGGUUUGAUUCAGAGCUGCAUUGCAGAUGUUGUUAAUGCAGAAGAUGGAUACAAAGCCAAAAAGGCAAAGUCAGAUAAACAUGGCAGCAAGGACAAGAAGAAUAAUUUUAAGGGAGAUAAACAAGUUUCAGAUGGCAGUGUGUGUAAAGGAAAAAAGAAAACCAAAAAUGGUGUUGGGAUGUCUACAAUUUCUGAAAAUGCAGCACUCGAAGGAUCAUCUAAAAGAGUAACUUUUGCUGAAAAUGUGGAGGUGUUUUCAUCAUGUAAUUCUCCUCGUGGUGGAAAUGAUGCUGAAAAUGUGGAGUUUUCUUCAUCAUCUGAUUCUUCAGGUGAUGAAACUGAUUAUAACGGAGAUGUAUUAAUACAAGGUAAGCGGUAUUCCCCGAAAGAAGAUAAGAUGAUUCUGAAAGCAGUUAAUAAAUACAUAAAAGAACAUGGCUUAGGUGAUGAUGGCAAGGACAUCAUUCUCCACUGUAAAAAACGCCCUGAAGUGAGAGGUUGUUGGAAGGACAUAGCGGCAGCCUUACCUUGGAGGACUCAUGAAAGCGUAUAUCAUCGAGCCCGCAAUUUGCUUGAAAGAGGAGAAGAUCGUAAAUGGACCGCUGAAGAAAUUGAACUUAUUCAAAGGUUCCACGAGAAACAUGGACCAAAUUGGAGGAUGUUGGCUGAUGCACUUAAUAAACAUAGAAUUCAUGUCAAGGAUACUUUUCGCAGAAUUAAGCCGGCCAAUUUAAAGAAAGGUCAGUGGUCUCAAGAGGAGUACCAGAAUUUGUUUGAUUUGGUAAACAUGGAUCUGCGUAUGAGAGCUUUUGAAGAAAGAAAAUCUAAGCAUGGCAUGUUGCGAGAUGCUAUUUCCUGGGAAGCAAUUAGUGAGAAGCUCUCCACCAGAAACAAUGCUGCCUGCUGCGUGAAGUGGUACAGCCAGUUAGGAUCGCCAAUGGCAGCUGAAGGAAUAUGGAAUGAUACUGAUGAUUAUCGUCUCGUUGAUGCUCUGUCGAGCUUGGAUGCUACCUCCAUGGAGGAUGUGGAGUGGGAUGAGUUGCUGGAGCAUAGAUCUGGAGAUCUAUGUCGAAAGAGAUGGAAUCAAAUGGUCAAACAUAUUGGUGAACAUGGGAACAAGUCAUUUGCUGACCAAGUUGAAGUUUUAACAAAACGUUAUUGUCUUGAUGUACUGGAAGCGAGGGAGGUGUAUAAUAGCAAACCUAUAGUUGAUUGAAUUUAUUCUAAAGUGUUUCGAUGGCAUAUGGUCUUAUUUGAUUUGGAUCUGUAGUGAAGAAAGUUUAGGGCCUCUUUGCACAGGUAAUUGCAUGGCAAUCAAGAUUGUAAUCUCAAAGUUCUAGCGCAAGGUGACAGAUCUUUUUUAAUAUUGAUACAUGUUUGUUUAAUUUUCA